AUGGACGCCUCUAUGACACAAAUUGAGUGUCCGAUUCAUUCACCAGAGUAUGUGCAAAACUUUAGCUGCCGUUUGCAUAAAAAAUCACCGAAUUCUGGAUCCAAAUCAUUUUCCGCUGAAUUUUCGUUAAGAAAAGAGGUUAAUGACGUCAGAGGCGCGUACGUAUUUUCCUUUAAACAAGGCAAAUCCAUAAUCAACUACACUGCAAUGGAAAUUGACUAUUGUCAGGCACUGUCAGCUCUACAAUCACAAAUUUUGUUUAAGUUGAUUGCCGAUGAGCUGCGACGAGUUUCGAAUUUUCCACUGAACUGUCCUUUUGUAAUGAACAAAAGGUAUUACGUUGAUGAAUUUACCAUCAAUCCAAAGGUUAUACCCAGCUAUACGCCAGAAAUGAUAUUUACUUCGGACUGCAACAUAUUCAUUAAGAAACGUAGAGCCAUGCAAUUAACCAUCCAUGGUCGUGUAGUUCGCCGUUGA